GCGAUUCCUUCAGCGAAGGAAUCGCAUUCCGUCCUUUCUCUGUCCUUUCUCUGCUUCUUCGCCUUCAUUUUUCUGACCUAAUCUCGCCUUGGCGCGGGGAGGAGAGUCGAGGAGCACGGGAUGAGCAUUCUCUCCAACAAGGUCGAGCGGGAGGAGCUCGCGCCCGGGGAUCACAUCUACUCAUGGCGGUCGGCUUACAUCUAUGCCCAUCAUGGGAUAUAUGUGGGAGAUGGCAUGGUCAUUCAUUUCACAAGAGCAGCUGGCCAAGAGAUUGGAACAGGAACCGUACUUGACCAAUUCCUUUUCAGCUCUUCGCCGUCAAAUUCAGGAACUCCGUGCGAAAAGUGUGGUGAUCAAAGCAAUCUCCAUGGAGUCAUCACUUCUUGCUUGGAUUGCUUCCUUGCAGGAGGCAACCUCUACCUGUUCAGCUAUUCAGUCACUCCAACUUUCUUCCUAGCAAAAGCGCGCGGAGGAACCUGCACGCUCGCCCCCUCCGAUCCCCCCAACAUCGUCCUCCACCGAGCCAAAUACCUUCUCGACAACAAUGGGUUCGGCAUGUAUUGCUUGUUCAAGAACAACUGCGAGGACUUUGCCAUAUACUGCAAGACAGGUCUGCUCGUGGAGACAACUUUCAGCGUUGGCCGGAGCGGACAAAUCUCAUCCGUGUUAGCUGCAAUCACUUCUAUAAUGUCAUCCCCGCUUCGGUUCCUGACGACGAGCGCCAGUGGGCUCAUGGUGGUUGCCAGCGGCAUGUAUUGUGUUAGUCGAUAUGUAUCCGACAUCGGAAUCAGAAGGGAUGCAAAUAAGAUUCCUGUCGAAACCCUUGUUGCCCAGUUGUGCCAAGGCGUGCCCCAAACCAUGGCCACCUAAUCACUGCAUCAAUGUGUGAGACAUUUAUUUCUUAAUAAUCGUAAUGGACUAUUUAAUCAUAAUAAUUCCUGUAAAUUAUUUGAAACUUUUAUUUGAUAAUUUUUUUCAUUAUUAUAAAAA